UACAGCGCACAGACCGUUUAUGAACCAAAAUUGUAACAAAAAUCAAUAAAACAGUUUCAUCAAAGUGUUCGGUAAUUACAAGGAGAUCUUUAACAAUCAAAGAGGUCGUGUAAAAGUGCAAAAUGGUGGCGUGUGACUAUAGCAAGUCCAAUUAUGGAAUGUCGUAUUCGUCAAGUGAGGAAUUAGCAUCAGUUAGACUAUUCAGGUGUUAUUCUGAUGCACUGCUUACCUUCGCUUCUUUGUGCUGCGGGCUCUUCAUGGUCAUGGGCAUUCUUGGCAAUCUAACUACUAUCAUAGCACUCGCUAGGUGUAGAAAGGUCCGGAAUGCAACAGCAAUAUUCAUAAUAAAUCUCCACAUAAGUGAUGUGAUAUUCGGCAGCCUAGUGCUGCCAAUGACAGCGAUAACAUUCUGGAAGAAACAAUGGACCCACGGAUGGAUCAUGUGUGGUGUAUACGCUUAUUGCAAGUUCACUUUAAAUGCCGUGUCCAUAUUCACAGUCCUGGCCAUCACUAUUAACAGAUACAUCAUUGUUUGUCACCCGCUCUGGUACCCUAGGAUUUAUAAAAGAAGAAAUAUCACAAUGAAGUUGAUACUCAUCUGGAUGUUUGCCUUAGUACUUUUUUUGCCUUCUUACUUUGGAGCUUGGGGUCGAUUUGAUUUGGAACCCAAUGGAGGAUUCUGCACCAUGAUUCAGGAUGAAAAUGGGAACUCUCCGAAGAAAUUCUUUAUGUGUAUUGCCUUUGUGGGACCUUACCUCACUAUAGCUAUAUGUUACGCUAGAAUUUGGUGGGUGGUUAAGAAAACUGCAAGGAAAGUACGGGCACAAAAUCCUAGACCAAUACGCCCGACACAUUUACCUCUAACACACACUCAAUCUGAAACGUCAUCAGAUGGGAAGACGCUUAUCAGCUUCGAUCCAGCGAGUCCUGCAAAUAGCACAACUGACGAUGAUAAGACACCGCCUAGCAGUGCCAAUACUACGCCUUGCGAUCAUAAAACUUUUGACAAAUACUUCAAGGCACCAUUUAGACUGACUAGAAAAGAAAUAAGACCAAAAGCACCGACUAGUAGAGACAAAAGGCUGUUUGCAAUGAUUGCUGCGAUAUUGUUAUCUUACAGUUUAACCCAUUUACCAUUGAUGGUGACUAGAUUUGUAUACAAGGAGUAUAAGUCUGAACCUUACGCUAAUGUAUUUGCCCAUCUCUUAGGAUAUUUGGGGACUUGUAUUAACCCCAUCGUAUAUGUAUUAAUGUCCAAUGAAUACCGACACGCUUAUAGGAGCCUUUUUGAGGUCAUUAUAAAUAAGUUAUGGAAGCAACAAUAUGCAAUAACACGUAAAUAAUGAAAAGAGUUCGUAAUAUUA